UUCAUUGUCAGUCGGUACACACAUCGUUCACUGCUCACCCAAGCUAAUUUCGUGUUCGUGUCGCGCCAAACCUGUCCUUUCACUUAACUCUACUCAUUCUCUCAUUCUCUAAAUAACUAUCACUUUUACUGUCAAAGCUUUUCCUUAGUGAAUGUCCGUCCCUCCCAAUUCUUAUAUUGCCUCUUCUUCCGCAUCCCCAGACUUCUUCUGGUGGCCCUUUGCUUCUACCUUCUCCACACCUUCCACCUAAAGCUCUCGCCAUGCUUUACCGUCCUUCGCUCCGUCUGCUGUCCGCCACAGCCUUACUGGCCACCCUCUCCUCUGCCGUCAAGGUCAACCCUCUUCCAGCUCCUCGAGAAAUCACCUGGGGUUCUGCUGGCCCUAUCGCCAUCGGCGAGCUUUCCCUCACCGGCGCUGACUCCGACUCCGCAAACGCGCAGCUGGUUACUGACGCGUUCGCCCGCUCGUGGAAAGCUAUCAAAGACCUGAAAUACUACCCUCAAGCCACCGAGGCCCCCAUUCCUACAUACGCUGAGUUUCCUGGUGCAACUCAGAUCCCAUGGAAGCCCGCCGCUCCAGCCUCGAAACAGAAGCGCACAACUCCUCUCAGCGAGGUUCAUUUGAAGGUCGAGGACUGGGACGCUGACCUCCAGCAGGGCGUCAACGAGUCCUACGUUCUCUCGAUUGGCGAUGGAGGUCACACCAUUGACAUCACCUCCUCGACUGCCUGGGGUGCUCUGCAUGCUUUCACCACUCUGCAACAGCUCGUCAUUUACGAGAAUAAUGCCUUCUCCAUCGAACAGCCUGUCACGAUCAAAGACGAGCCAAUGUACCCAUUCCGCGGUAUCAUGGUGGAUACCGGCCGUAAUUACAUUAGCACCGACAAGCUCAAGGAGCAGAUUGACGGCCUCUCGCUCUCAAAGAUGAAUGUUCUUCACUGGCACCUUGACGAUACCCAGUCAUGGCCAGUCGAGCUCAAGACCUACCCCCAGAUGACCAAGGACGCCUAUUCCGCACGUGAAGUCUACACUCAGGACUGCAUCAAAGACAUUAUCCAAUACGGCCGCGCACGUGGUGUGCGUAUCAUCCCAGAAGUCGACAUGCCAGGCCACGCCUACUCGGGCUGGCGCCAGGUUGACGAGAGCAUCAUCUCUUGCGGUGACUCCUGGUGGUCAAAUGACCUUUGGUCCUACCACACCGCUGUUCAGCCAAACCCGGGUCAGCUUGACAUUAUCAACGACAAGACAUACGAGGUUGUAGAGAAGGUGUACAAAGAGCUUGCUGGUGUGUUCACGGACCAUGUCUUCCACGUUGGUGGUGACGAGAUUCAAAAGGGCUGCUACAACUUCUCCGAGCCCAUCACCAAGUGGUUUGCCGACAACAGCUCCCGUACCUACAAUGAUCUUGUUCAAUACUGGGUCGACAAGACCUGGCCGUUCUUCAUGGACUCCACCGACCGCAAGCUGAUGCUGUGGGAAGAUGUCGUCAUUUCUGGCGAGCACGCUAACAUCGACCCCAAAAACAUCAUCCUGCAAUCAUGGAACGGUGACGUUGUGAACAUUAAGAACCUCACCAACCGCGGCUACGAUGUCGUCGUUUCCUCGUCCAACUGGUUCUAUCUCGACUGCGGCAACGGCGGUUAUGUUUCCAACGACAACCGCUACAAUACCCAGAUUAAUGCCAAUCUCGAGGAUGGAGUUCCCAACUUCAACUAUGGCGGUAUUGGCGGUUCCUGGUGUGCUCCCUUCAAGACCUGGCAGCGCAUCUACAACUAUGACUUUACCGAAGGUCUGACUGAUGAUGAGAAGUCGCAUGUCAUUGGUGCCUCUGCGCCCCUGUGGACUGAACAGGUUGACGACACUAUUAUCAGCCAGAAAGUGUGGCCUCGCGCCGCUGCUCUGGCCGAACUGGUGUGGUCCGGCAACAGGAAUGGCGAGGGCAAGAAGCGCACAACCGAGUUGACGCAGCGCAUCAACAACUUCCGCGAGUACCUCGUUGCGAGCGGUGUGAUGGCCGCGCCCCUGAUGCCAAAGUACUGUCUGCAAAACCCACAUUCGUGCGAUCUCAACUGGGACCAGGAUGCCUUGAACAAGCUUCCGGGCGCUCCUUGAAGAUAUAUUUUUGCUUUCCCUCUUGAUACGGGCGUCCUUUUUUUCGUGGGGGACAAUGUGCUUGGAAAGCCUUUUUUAGAAAUACUGAAAACAAGACGAGAAAUCAUACCGUGGCUGUGGCUAGGACAAGCUGCGGCUGGUCAAAGAAGAUCGAAGAGAGAAAGUGUAUGUGUGACAUCUAAGGAGGAUAAAGGGA